UGGUCAAUUACGUAUCUGUCGUUCUAUUGGCUAUCUGGGAUAUCUGGGGUGUUCGUUGGGGUCGGUGGUAUGGUGGGUCGGGUGUUUUCGUCGUUUUUUUUGGGCCCGCUCGGCUUGACCGGGAUGGAUCUCGUGUAUUGGGUGGUUGAUGAUAUCGCCGGGUCGCAAUGCGCGGGUGGCGAGACUCGCGUUUUGGGUAGUUCGAUGCAGGGGCUGGGCUUGUGGGUAUCCUGCAGUGGUAUGGCGAGACCAUGCUUCUCGCCGGCGUUCGUCGGCUCUUGCUGUUGGUCCUCGGCUGUUUCGGGCUGUUUCGGGCUGUUGUUUUGGCUCUUAAGUAUGUAA